AGUGCCGCUAGCUCAGCAGGCCAUGCAAUUUGCAAACAAACGUUUGACAUUUGUACCUUUUCCUCCUCUUCGUUCUCUCCCAUACAUGGAGCAUUAGUGUUUGGCAACAAAGCAGGGGGGACAGGACAUCCGAAAUUUUGCUCCACAAAAUCGUGCGAUUGUCCAAAUUACACCACCAGCGUUACCAGCGCUAGUCCGCGAGCAAAAACGUUCAGUGUGCAGCGUGUUGUUGUGUGUGUGUGGUAAUUGUGAACAUUGUGCUGGUAACCAUUGGCUUUCCCGGCGAAAGGACGACGAUGAGUGCGCAGACGCGGCUGAAUGAAGCCCUGCCGGAAAGCCAGCAGCGCCUCUCGCACCAGGCAACGACGCUAGCCACACACGGCUACAUCGUCGGCGAUGUGAUCGGCCAGGGAACGUACGCGGUCGUGAAGAAAGCGUACUGGACGAAGUUUAAGCGAACGGUGGCGAUAAAGAUUAUGUCGAAAACGAACGCCGGCGAAACGUUCCUGCAAAAGUGUUUGCCGCGCGAGCUGGAUGCGAUCCGCAAUCUGCGCCACGAAAACAUUAUCCACUACUACGAAGUGAUCGAAACGACGAUGAGGGUCUACAUUUCCAUGCGGUACGCCGAGCACGGUACGCUGCUAAGCUUGAUACGCAAGCAGGGCCACCUGCCGGAAGUGCGCGCCCGCCGGUACUACCGCCAGCUGCUGGCCGCCCUCGAGUACAUACACACGGCCGGGUACGCCCACCGGGACAUCAAGCUCGAAAACAUGGUGCUCGACGGGAACGACCGGCUGAAGCUGAUCGAUUUCGGGUUCGCCUGUCGGGCGCGGGUCGCCGAUGUGCCGGUCCUGUCCAAAACGUUCUGCGGCAGCCACGCGUACGCCAGCCCGGAGCUGCUGCGGUUCAAACCGUACGAUCCCGUCCACGCCGACAUCUGGGCGUCCGGCGUGGUGCUGUACUCGCUGCUUUACGGAAAGCUACCGUUUUCCAACGAAAAACAGGUGAACCUGCUGCUCCAGAAAAUCAACCGCGGUGUUAUAUUCCCGUCCAACAUAACCGUUACCAGGGAGGUGCAGUGCUUGAUGAAGCAACUGUUUUUGCCGGUAGAGAAACGCAUUACCUGGCCGGAGCUGGGACGAUCGCUGUGGUUCUUUAUUGAGCUGGAGGAAGAGUCGCCCGGACAGGCGGAAUGGUCCCAGCCCGCACCGGACGGUGUGGCCGAACCAUCCGCUGCCAAGCGUAGCAAGCUGGACAAUAAAGCUUAGGUGAUAGAGUUGUGCCAUGA